AUGCGAGUGGUAAAUUGAGUUUAGUUACCGUGCACUUGUCAUUUCAUUUAUUUAUUUUUAUUAUAAGAAACACACACACAUUUAUUUGAAAAAAGUAGUCUGUGAUGAUAGAUUGCUUUACGGCAUCCUAACGAGAGGCUCGGUAGCAGACUUGAAGGCUGUAAAUAGAUCAUUGCUCGCUUGAAACUUGUUUGUUAAAAAAUAAUAAUUAAAAAAAAAGAAGUAAAAAGGUUAUUCACGUGUAAAAGGUCUGGGUACAGGGGAGCAAUAACAGAGGGGAGAUGGAUAAGGAGUCUGGAGGAUCACCUACCCCUGGCUCAGGAGGAGCUUUUGCCAGUUUAUUCAGAUCUCCAGCUCCGGCUUAUUCAAAUUCAGAGCUCGCCGGUGUGCCUUUGUCUGGUAUGAGCCCCCUCUCACCUUAUCUCAAUGUGGACCCCAAGUAUCUUAUUCAGGAUACAGAUGAAUUUAUUUUGCCCACUGGUGCCAACAAGACAAGAGGACGCUUCGAGUUGGCUUUCUUCACUAUCGGCUCAUGCUGUAUGACAGGUGCAGUGUUUGGUGCCAUCACUGGAUUACGAAUGGGACUGUCUGAAACUAGGAAUAUGGCCUGGUCUAAACCUCGUAAUGUCCAAAUCCUAAACCUGGUGACUCGCCAGGGAGCUACAUGGGCGAACACUCUGGGCUCAGUGGCUCUAUUAUACAGCACAUUUGGUGUAAUCAUCGAAAAAAUCAGAGGAGCAGAGGAUGAUCUCAACACAAUGGCUGCUGGCACAAUGACUGGUAUCCUCUACAAAUCUCCAGGGGGUCUACGUGGAGCAUUUCGAGGAGGUGUGGUUGGCUUUGCAUUAUCAGGACUCUACGCCUUGUACAAUAACUGGGACCAUCUGAAAGGCAGCUCUCCCACUCGCUACUGAGAAAAUAGGGACAAGGAAAGACGAUUUGCAUUGUAUGGUGUCAUAACCUGGCAUGUGAUUCAGUCCUAUGAGUCCAUUGUUUCAUUUGGAAUCCUCUGGGAUUGUAUCAUUAUUUUCACUUUAACAGCUGAUAUGUUGUAAUUUAUGUUCUUGACAAAUUUGUGGGUUUUUUUCCCUCAUGAGAUACUUAAAAUUGAGUACCUCAUUGGGAAAAUACAAAAACCUACAAGGCAUUACUUGCAGGUUGUGAAUAAGACACGAAAUAUACAACGUAGGUUUGUAUAUAAAAUAAAACCUGGAAGUAAUGCUCAUUUAUAAGUUUUCAUUUCAACCAGAAACCAGGGGGAGUACAAUCUUUUGCAACUGUGUUGUUUUCUGAGGUUAAAAUUGAUUUACAAAAUUUAGGGGGGGGCGGUUUGGGUUCCUGCCAUUAAUUGACAGUGAACGCUUCCAUUUAUAUUUGCUAUAAUUACAUAUAAUAACUGGUUAACUCUUAAUCAAUACCUUUAAUUGUUUAUAUGCUAAGAAAUACAAAUGAGCUUGUUCUGGGUCUAACUAUUGAUUCAAAUAGUAAAUAUUAUUCCAUGUAUUGAAGCCCACAUUGUUGUUUGUUUAAAAAUAUAAUCAACUGGAUGCUAAUCUUUUUGUCAAAUAUUCCAUGUCAUUAAAAUACAGGAUAAUGGAAUAAUUC